CCCUGCUGCUCUAAUUGCCGACAAUGCCGCCAUGAGGAGAGGCCGUACCAGACACCCCUUCAGUGGUACAAUAAAACAUCUCAUCUGCUUCCACGAACCGGAGGAUUGACUGACUGCCUGCGCUGCUGCCGCCUCAACUCUCGGCGCCUGGUGGAUGGGCCACUGUCUUGGUCACCAAUGCUGUACCUCCAGACGUCCCCACCUCCCACCUGUCUGGGCUGCUCCCAGGCCGAGGGAAGACGCCGGAUAAUGGAUAUGUGA